AUGGAUUUAGAGUCAAUUUUAGUCAAAUCAAACCGUCUCCUCCAGGAAAAAAAAAUUCUUAGUUUCUGUCAAGCUGCGUCAAUCUUGUCCUUGCCAGUCAACGUGGUCAAGCGACUCUUUCAGGAUAAUGUUUCAGCCUUUGGUGGUGAGCCUCUUUAUUAUCUUUCUGGCGAACGCAAUAAUGCUAUUAUUUCUUCUGUCGUCAGUGCUCAAGCGAAAGAAUCUGUCUUGCGUGAACUUUCGUCCGUAUAUUCGUGUCAUGUAUGGGGUUUCAAGACCGAGAAUUAUUGUUCGCAUGAGCACGAAUUUUUCAUGUCUGAUAUUCCUUCGUCCAUUGGCAUAAGAUCGAAUGAUGUACGAGCGUCAAUUGUUCCUCCUAUUUCUUCUUCUACUCGGAAGAAUACUAAUUCUUGGGACAAUCUAUUUGAUGUUAUCGGGCCGAAUACGAUCUCUGACAAGCCUGUGUGGAUUCGUAACAAGAAGACCAACUGUACAUAUAGGCGGAGAAAGGUCGCUCGGUCUUUAAAUAAUCCUCGCGCUGUCACCCCUUCUUCAAACGAUGAGGUUGCUGAAAAUGCCCUGCAUGCUGUUUCUACGAACAUUCCGAGUUUCAUGAACAAGCCCGAUGAUGAAAAUCAUUUUCAAAUGCUGUCUACUUCAUCCGAUUCAAAGCUCGAUCGGCCUGGUCGUUUUUCUCGCUUGUUCUCAUCGCUUGACUUGCAGGAACCUGAUCGCGCCCACAAUGCUUCAUGA